AUGAAUUGCAUAUUACUAUUUUACGGUAAUCCUUGUAGUGGAAAAGAUACCUUCAUAAAUUUUUUAUUAAAAAAAAAAAAAAAAAUUCUUUUAUUUCUCUAUUUUUUUGUGAAUUUAACAAAGGACAACUCUCAUAAAUAUAUAAAAGAGAAAAUAUUCUUCGUAAAAUUAAUUAAAUAUUUUUAUAAGAUAAAUAAUUUUAGAUAUAAAUUAGUUUAUAAAGAAAAAAAUGAAUUGAGAAUUUCUUUUAACUUUUUAAUAUAUUUGAUAAGGCAUUUUAGUAUUAUUAUAAAAAAUAAGUAUUUUUAUUCUUAUAAAUAUAUGAAAUUAAUUCACCUAAAAAAAAAAAAAAACUUUAAGAAUAAUAAUAAAUAUGAAAAGUACACAAUUAAAAAGUGGAGAAUUAAAAAACGCCAAAAAUUAUUUAAUUAUUUUAAGAAUUCUAAAAUAUUUUUUGUUUUUUAUAAAGAAAUAGUAAAAUGGAAAAUAUAUUUUAAAAAAUUUUUAGAAAAAAAUAAGUUUUGUAUUUAUAACAUAUCAACUGAUUUUAUUGAAAAACAAUUUUACCAUAAUUUAGAAAAAGACACUUUUAAAUUUAACAUAACUAAUAGGAAAUACAUAUAUACAUUAAAUAAAAAAUAUAUAAUUUUCUCAAAAAAAAUAAAUAAUUCUUAUUAUUUGUUUAUUAAAAAAACAAAUAUUAAGAAUGAACAGUUUGUUAUAAAUAAAAAAAAAAAAAAAAAAAAAGUAACAUUAAUUAAUCAAUCAAAAAACUGGAAAACAGCAAGAACAAUUGCUUAUGAAUAUUGUAUGAAUUUAAUGAAAAUAAAUAAUAAAAAUUAUAUAAAAGAUAAUAAAAAAAAAAAAAAUAAUUAUUGUAAUGAAAAACUUGAAAGUAAAAUAAUUAUCUUAAAUGAUACCUUUCAUUUUCCAUCGAUGAGAAAACAGUAUUAUAUAUUAUCGAAAAAAUAUUAUUACAAUUAUAUACAAAUUUUUAUGAAUACUCCUCUUAAAACAUGUUUAAGUAGAAAUAAGAAUAGGAAAAAAUUUAAAUAUAUAUCUGAUAAGACAAUUAUAAAAAAUCAUAAAUAUCAUAGAAAAUAUGCAAUUAGACUAAAAGAAUACAAAUGUAAAAAUUUGUUAAAAACGAUUAAUGUUAUUAAAGGAAAUUACAAAUGGCAAAUGAAAAUUUUAUCCUUAGAAGUUAAUUCUUUUAAAAAGAAAAAAUUUUUAGAAGUUCUAUUUUUUAUAUAUAAAUAUUCUAAUUAUUUCAAGGAUACAAAAGAAAAAAAAUUGAUAUCUAUAAAAGAACAACAUAAGCCAAAAAUAGAAUUAAACUAUCUAGAUAUUGUUAAUUUGACUAUUAAUAAAAUUAUUCAUGAAAAGUUGAAAGAGCUUCCUAAUGACCAAAAAAAUGAAUAUGCAAAAAAAUUUCGUUUAAUUAAAUUACAAUUAUUAAAAGAAUGCAAAACUGGAAAAACAUAUAACAUAAAAAAUAUAGAGAACAAAUUUAUAAUUAAUUAA